AGAGGUUCGCGCGUGUUCACCUGCUACGUCACCAACAACCGCUCCGCCUCGUGCCACAACGCCUCUGGUUCUGUCAGCUGGACGGUCCGCGCGGCAUCUUUCUCAUAUACAUGCAAACUGUCCGUUAACGUCUGUUGUUAGCUUCGGUUGUGUUUAAAUUGACCACGUGUUGAGAGGGUGAGCACCUGGAAAGUGUGGUUUGUUUUACACAGCGAUAACAGAACACAACUCUGACACCACUGAGCCUCCCUCGCGGCUGACGCUUUGUCAUUUUCUAAAGUGAAUGAAGUUUGCGAGACAAGGGAUUUAUUUUCUGCUGCUGGAGCAUUGCAGGCGGUUUGUGUUGGAAAACAGUGAGUCACAGCUGCACAAUGGUGACAACCAGCAUCUGCCUGAGGGAUCAAAGUCUUGGCAACAUAAAAUAUUCAAGACAGGACACCCAGCCAGAGGCACAUGAUUGAAACUUGAUGACUAAAACAUGUUUACAUACAUGUGACUAUGCGUGUUUUGUCAUUCCAGCUAUUGAGUCCCAUGGCCCCAGGAACUGUCUGAUUCUGGAUUUGUCAAGCAGGAAGAGUUCAGGCCCAGUUAGGGAGAGAUGAGCUGGGCUGAGGAGGACUGGACAGUGGGCCUGUCAGGACGGGUCCUGCAAAAAGUGAAGGAGCUGCAGGUCCAGCAGGACCGACUGUCCCGAGAGAACAAGCAGAAACAGCUGCAGCUGGAUAACAUUCAUACCAGUCUUUCAAAACAAACUGUGAAGUAUGACGAGGUGCGUGGUCAGCUCCAGUCCGUGCAGAGGGAGCUCCAGAGUGCUCGAGGGGAGGCCAAGGUGGCAGUGAGCAGCAGUGAGCGCCUGACUCAGGAGCUACAGACUAAGCAGGCCCAAGUAUGCUCUUUGGAGGGCCAACUAGAUUCUGCUCGUACCAUCAACAACAAGCUCACCCAGGAAAUCAAAAGGCUGGAGGCAGAGCUGGAGAAGUUGUAGAACAGCAGCAGGUCGGCAGAUACCAAUAUGUUCUCUACACCUUGCUGGAAUGCAACCUCGCCCUUGGAACACAGCGGGAGCAGAAAUGAGGAGAGGCCGGGGCAGUGGGAUGAAGGACAGAGCCGGACACUUCACAUAAGACAGCGGCUCCAGUUCUCGGACACCUCCACACCUUUGUUGCCACGACAGCAACACAAGAGUAUGCCCCAUCGCCACCCGUCUGACCAAUCGGAGUCCUUCUCCACUCCUUUAGCUGCAUUUCCAUGGGAACGUGAUGACUCAAAGCCAGCAGCCAGGAGACAGUCUCCAUCUUCUCCCCAGGCACCCUGCGCUAAUGUCAUCAGUCAAGUCCACUCGGAGCGGGGGGUUUGUGGGACGGAGAAGGACCAUAGGAUGGAGACAGACAUAUCUUUAUCAGAAAUGCGGAGGUGUGUGUCUUCUUUGGAGGAAGAACUGUCUGUGAAGGCCGGGAUGUUGAAGUCGCUUCAGAAAGAAAUUGAACAAAGUAAGAAGGAGCUUGCUGCCAAGGAGCUGAGCCUGCAGAGAGCUCACAAUGAGAUCAGCCAGGGACACACACGCAUGGCCCAGGAGAGGGAACGGGUAUCAGGAGCUGAGCAAAAGCUGAAGCAGCUACAAGAGGAGCUUAAGUGUCAGAGGCAAAAUGCUGAGAGCAGCCGACUGCAACACCAACAGCGCACUAAGGAGCUGGAGAAAGAGCAUCAGAAGGAAUUGAUGGAGUUUCAGAAGGAGAGGCAGUGUCUGGAGAGACAGCAUCAGCAAGAGAUGAACAAGCUCAACCAGGAGCUCCAGCAAGCUAGGGUGCUCCACAAUGCCCUGCAGGCCCAAGCUGAUAAGCUGUCUCUGCAGAAGCAGGCUCUGGAAAAAGAGUUGGACACUCUGAAGGGGAAACUGAAGUGGACAGAUGGACAGCUACAGGAGAGUCUGAAGAAAGAAGCACAGACACAAGCCAAACUGACGCAAGCAGUGCGUGAGAUGGAGGGUGUUGCAGUGAAUCUGGAGCAGAGCAGGAAGAGAGAGCGAGCUCUGGAAGAGGAGGGGAGGAGGCUGGCAGAGGAGCGAGACGACGCCCUCCGUCUCCUCACAGAACUGCAGGAGGAAAAAGCUGCACCUCCUCUACAGCCUGUCCAGUUUUGCCCAGUUGUGCAGAGUUACACUCCUCAACCUUCUUACUCUCUUCAUUCUCGACCUUCAACUCGCACCAAGACGCCCACCGCUGCCACCCGAGCUGAGUGGAAGGGGGAAGAGGAUGUGAAUGAGGGAAGGGUAGAGAUUGCAGCAUCUUACCCCGCUGACAGAGAGCCUGGAGAAGGCAUAGACUCUGAACACAUCACUGCCCUUAUCUCCCAAGACUCUGAGUGCUUACAAAAGGGAGAACACAGAAAAAGAAGUAAUGAGAAGAAGAACAAGUGUAGAAAUGAGGCAACAGAGUGUGACAGCUCUGGGACAAACAAGCGACCAACAUUUGAUCAUGUACUUUCUAUUUCCUCUCACUCUGCUGCUGGUACAGUCAUUAACACCUCCGUAGAUGGUGAUCACUGCAGUUUGAUGCUGUCUGGUGAAGAGAUAUCUUCUCUCAAGUUAGAACAGGCCAACACUGCUGAAGACCUCAAGAGGGAGAAUGCCACGCUGCGUUCAGAACUGCAUGAGGUGCAUGAAGAACUCCAGAAACGCCUUGAGGACCUGGAAGCCCAACGACUGGCUGAGGCAGACACCAGGACCCGGCUCAAACAGCUCAGCUGCAAACAUGCCAGCCAGGCUGUGGAGAAAGAGGAGCAGGACAAGAAAUUUAGGGUACAGCUGGAGAGUGAGAAGGCUGAGACAGAAAGGUUGAGGAAGGCCAUGGCUGCUUUGGAGACAGAGAUGAAGAGGGGGAGAGAAGAAAAAGAAAAGGAGAGAGAGGAGCAGCAGGAAGAGAAAAACAAAGCAUUAGAAGACAGGGAGAGUGAAAUGAUAGAACUUAAUAUCCAGCUGAAGAGGCAGCUAGCAGAGGUAAAAGCCCAGCUGGCUUUGGAGCGAGAAGAGAGAAAGAGAGAAGAAGAGGAGAAGAACCAAAUAAACACAGACAUGGAUAUAAAGAAAGAGCUGAGCAUAAAGGUGGCAGAACUUAAAGCUGAGUUGGAGGAACUGAAGCAGAGUAGAAAAGAAUACUCACUAGAGAAGGUAAACCUCUCACUUGCCAACAGCCCGCUGACUUACCUAACUCUCCAUGAUGAUGAACUCAACUCAAACUUCAUCCGGUGUGACAACAAGCUCCUCCCUUUGCCAGAGCAGCAGCACCUCUUAUGUCAGUGCACGAACCAACGCAACAUGCUUGCAUCUCAGGCAACAGCAGAGCUUAUCAAGGAACAGCCAACGGUGACAGAUCCUGAAUGCUCACCUUUGUCAGAUGAAGGUCAAACAGGUCAAAUGGCCUCUCCCCUGAAGGGGCAGAUUGCCCCUCAAAGCAAUCUGGGAGGUUCAUCCUUGUCAGACUACAGAGAGGCACUUUCUGACCCACAGAAGGGUGAGCUCGCUCCCUCAGACUUGGCAAAAGAGGUGGAGCGUCUGCAGAAGGAGAAUGCAAAGGAGAAAGAACAUGCUGCCCAAUACCAGGUGAAACUGGGAGCACUGCAGACCCAGGUGACACGUCAGACCCAGCAACUAACAAUUGCCUUUGAGAAGCAGAGCCAGCACAUCUCAGGCCUUCUAGCUGAACUGCAAGAGAAGGAAAGUGCCCUCCUCAGCCAGGGAGAGGAACUGCAGUACCUUAAGCGAGAGUUGGAGGCACUCAAGACCACAAACGAGCGAGAAGAGAGGAAAAGAACAGAGGAGACGACAGUCAAAGAGGAGGAGAGUGACAAACAUAAGGAAGAGACUCGAGAUGAUAGGUUGGAGGGGAUAUCAGGUCUUCAGCCAAACCAGGCAGAGGAUUGUGCUGUCUCACAGACAGAUUGUGACUCUAAUCCACAGACUAAUGCAGAUCAACCAAAGUUUGUGACAUCUGAUGCUGAAACACCCGUUAGCAUGGAGGUAGACAAUGAAACAGUAUUGAUAGGGGAAGAGCACCUAGGCUCUGACAAGACUCGGAGUAUCCAUGACUCUCCUCGUGUGAUGGGAGAGUCUAAGUGCAAUCAAGAUGGAGGAACCGCAGAUGUAGUUGCAGAGCUGCUCACUCUCCAGCAGGAGAAUCAGCUGCUUAAACAAAAAAUAGAGGCCUUAACAGUCUCAGACUCCAGAAAUCCAGCACUACAGACUGACAGUGAAAUCCCAGAAGUAUCAGUCAAGCAAAGCCAAAACACAGGAAAUGGUCCUCUGUCUUCUUUGACAGAGCAGAGGACACCUAGUGUGCUGAAUGACCUCAUAACUGAGGAACAGGAGUACCUACAGCAGAAUGAGGGGAGGAUGGAAGAUGGAGUUUUAGAAAGGGCAGAUAAAAAGACAGCAAAGGCUGAAGAAGAACUGGUGGAAGUGUCUCAGCUUAGGAUCAACCACCUAGAGCAACAGGUGGCGGCACUGCAAAAGAAGGUAUGGGCUCUCUCUGAGGAGACCAAGCAGCAGUCUGAGGAGCUUGGUGUGUGGAGACUGGCCUCCCAACCUGCCCCAACAUUUGACCACAUCCUUCCCUAUACAGAUAACCAGUCCAAGGCCCAGGAACAGGUCUCUGCGUUCAAACAGUUCCAGUCAAACCAACAGCACACAGGUGACAUGAAUCCCACCCUGGCAGGUUCUCACGGUCAGGCUCAGGCUAUAACUGCCCAGGUUCAUGCGUCCACAUCGGGUCCACAGGAGAGCCUUGGUAAUGUGACAAUCGUCAGAGAGGAUGAGUUAUUCCUCUCCUGCUCCUCCAACAAACUGCAGGGCCACAUGCUGUUCUCCAGGCUGCAGCACAGCUGCCUUCCUGAACCAAAGACUCUCCAUCGCUCUAAAAAGAUGUCUGCACUUAAUGAAUACAAUCAGGACACUGCCAAGAUUGACAAGGAAUCUGAAAAAGAAAACCAGGACAUCAGUUUUGUACAAUGGUCACAUGCGUGUCCAUCACAGUACAAAGAGAAGAGAGACACUGAACUCAUCCCAUCAUUAGAUAAAAUGGGUCAGGAAUAUGUUACCAAAGAUCUUCAUGAAGUCUCAGGACCAAAUGAAACCAAAGCAACAGAAUCAAAUCCUCAGGCCAAUCCAAACCCUUCUAGAUCAUCCAGUCAAAUAAACACAGAUUUUAGGAUGGAAAUGAAAAGUGCGAGCAGUCAAACAGAGGAGAGUUUUUAUCUUCACAGUGUUCCAGCAGCACAUGAACUCCACAGUGCAUACACACAGACGGAGGAGCAUGAAGAAGGUGAAGAAUUAGUGGAUUUCUGUCCUGCCCCACUGUCUGAGGAGGCAGAGUCAGGAGACAAAAUGUUGUUUUCAGGUUCCUUCCCUAUCCCAGCCGACCCAGCCCGUCUGGCUGAAAGAAUACGCCGUAACAGGACGCAGCUGUCAGCUGCCUUUGAUGACACAGAGUAUGAACCCUAUGGGCUGCCGGAAGUUGUCAUGAAAGGUUUUGCCGAUAUCCCCAGUGGUCCUUCAUGUCCCUACAUUGUAAGAAGAGGGUUGUUAGGGACAACUAUUGUACCUGUCCCUCAGAAAGACCAAGGACAGGAGGAGGAGACUGAUUAAAAUGCAGCUACAGAUUUGGUGGAAGGAAGGAACUGAGCACUGUGGCCUGAUAGUGAACCUCAGUGAUGGACGACAGCAGCUCUACAGGGGAACGCCACUACUGGGCCAGUGCUGGCAGAAUAAAUGUCUCCACUGUGGAUCUAAAAUGUCUUAAUGGUCACUAGUUUAUCCUGUAAUUGCUGUGUGGAGAGUUUGCUGUGUAUCACAAUACAGUGACUUUACACCCACCUAUUUAUAUAUUUAGGUGCAGAGGUGGUGAUUUGGUGAUGUUUGUUGGUACUUCUUGAAGUUAAAAACCACUUUUCCAAAGGGACUGUCUAGCUUUUAGUAACUCAGAGUUAAGUUAUAGGUCUAGCUUUAGUCUACUUGAAUGAAAUGGUGCCUAGGUGACAGUUUUUUAAACAGAUGCUUGUCAAGAUAAGUUUGACUUGUUUUCCAAAAGGAUGAAGCCAACAGAAGCCUGUUGUGAAAAUGUGGUGCAUACAUUUUUCUGUUUAGGUCUCGUGGUGGCUUAUAUAUGGACUCUUGAAUAUGUUUUAGUAGAGGACAGGUGUUUACAGAAAUUGUGUGAAAGCAUAGUGCAUGUGUGGGACUCAUUAAAUGUUACCAUUUGUGUGUGGGAGAGAGAGAGAGGGGGCAAGCAUGUUGAUGACUCAGUCUAACUUGGGUCGGUUUCCGCUCCAUGUAUGGUGAUGCACAGUGCACUCCCUCUGUCCUACUGCUUUGCUCCUCUGUCUUAAUGAGCAGCCAGUAGCUCCUCGAUUAACGUCACAAAACCCAAAUGUGUAUUUACUCUAUUUAAUUACAGAUGUAUUUAGCCUGUUUCUUUGACUUGAUUAGAUAUAAUUUAUUUGAUUGUUACUGUGCCAUAGACAACAGUAGCCCAUGUGUGUGCACACUGUAGAGGUUGGUUUUUAUUGUGCCCUAUAACAGUGGGUCUCACCACUUUGGUCACUUACAAAGUUCAACUGGUCAUCAAAAAAAAAAAAAAAAGGUUUGUACUUUUUAAGUUCUGGUCGGCUCUGACGGUGUUACUGGUCAUUGUAAUUGCAGCCAUUUUUAAAGCCUUGUGUGACCAGACACGUCUAGUGAGUGUCUCUCUAUGUUUCUCUAGACAGUGAACAUACUGAGCUGCAGUGGACAAAUAGGAACAAAAAUAGGUCAUUUAAUACUCACAUGACUGUAACAUUGGACUUAGACUGCUGAAGAUUCACAGUAGCUUCAGUGGGUUAAGUUUGCCCCCCAUUAGUUAGACUGAAACUGCUUUAAGAAAGGUUGUCUUUGCAGCCUGUAUGAACAGGUGGAAAAGAUUAAAGCGAGCAUUAAUUCUUUCAAUGUA